GUCACGUGAUUUGGCAUAAAAAAUGCUACUAGUCUAUGUCUUUUGUGGAACAAUGUUUGUGUCAAUGUUUAUAUAUUAUAAGAAGAUAUUUCGAAGAACUAGAACCAAAGAAUUGAUUGUUUUUUCUAGAUAUCCCAUUCCUGGUACAACAAAGACAAGGUUAAUUCCCGAAUUGGGAGAGGAAUGUGCGGCUAAUUGUCAAUUAAGAAUGACUGAUCAUAUUUUAAACAACAUAGAAGAUUACUAUCGGAAAGAUGAUGAUAUUUCUGUGAAAGUAUACUAUAAUGGCGGGACAGAUAGUCAAAUGAAAUAUUGGUUAGGACGAAGGAAAUAUGAUGUUACAUGGCAGCAGCAAGCCAAAGGAGGUUUAGGAAACAAACUAUCAAGUGCAUUCCAAGACAGCUUUAAUAGGAACUCAAAAUAUACUAUAGUAAUAGGUAGUGAUAUUCCUGGAAUAAAUUCAAAUGUAAUAUCAGAAGCAUACCACAAACUACAGAACGGAUCUGACAUGGUGUUAGGACCAGCCGCCGAUGGUGGAUAUUACUUAGUCGGAAUCUCAAAGUCAGCUAAUGUUAAAUUGGAUGACGUGUUCAGUGAUAUAAACUGGGGUUCAGAAACAGUCUUCAGGGAACAGUCAGAAAGAGCGAAAGAUCUAGGAAUUUCAUUAGGCAUAUUAGAAAAAUGUUUAAAUGAUGUGGACGUCGCAGAAGACCUGGGGGUUCUCGAAAAGGAGUUACAAGUAACCAAAGAACAACUUGCUCAUCCAAAAAUCAGUAUUAUCAUACCUGUAUACAAUGAAGCAGAUACUAUUUUAUUAACACUGGAGACAGUCUUAAAGAAAUGCACCAGGAAGAAGGCCAUAGAAGAAAUUAUUGUUAGUGAUGGUGGAAGUACAGAUGAUACAAUUUCUAUUGUUGAGAAUUUCGCUAAAACAAUAGAUGUAGCAAUAAAAGUGGUGCAAAGUUCUCCAGGAAGAGGAUUUCAGCAAAGGUAUGGUGCGGAACAAGCAAAGGGAGAUAUAUUUAUGUUUCUUCAUGCUGACACUGAAGCACCAGAUAAGUUCGACCAUGCAAUAGUCAAAUGCCUGCAGAAACCUGGAAAUGUAGGAGGGUGUUUCAGAUUGGGCUUUGAUGUGGUAGAAGCCCCUGAAAGGGAAAAAGAUUGCAGUCAAAUUUUUAAAAUGAAAAUGCAUUUUUUACAAUGGACUACAAAUAACAUAAGAGUGAAAUAUCUAGGACGUCCAUAUGGUGAUCAAAUCUUGUUUAUGACAAAGGAGAAUUAUUACAAAGCUGGUGGUUUUAAAGAAGUUUAUCUGAUGGAGGAUUAUAUGAUGGUUGAAAACCUAAAUAUAUUUGGGCACAUAGGUAUUGCUGAUGCUGAUCCUGUUAUCACAUCUUCACGACGUUGGAAAAAAAUGGGACUGAUAAGGACUACUGGAAUGACCAACUUGAUAGUUCUUGCAUACAAGCUUGGUGUUCCGUCUAACAAAUUAGCUGAAUGGUAUUAUGGAGAUAAAUUGAAAGAGAUACAGAAAAGGGCAAAGCAAACUUGACACAUUAUUCAGAAACUAACAGUAAAUCCGGUUGUGUGUUAUAACUCUGUAUAUUUCAGAAAUGAUGCUUUUAUAAAUCACAAGUGAUUAAGUGAAUUGAUGCAUGCUUUUAUUAAAAAAUCAUGAAUUAUAAAGAAGCUAAUGUUUACUGACAUUCUGCUUUACCUUU